GAUGCCUGUUUGUCGGCGCGACGUCGUAUGAUAUAAAGUGACUUGGCACUCGACUUAUAGUUCGUUGUCAACCCUCUCUUUCUCUCUCUCAGUCGUGAGAUCUAUAUUUCUCUCGACAAUAGGAGCAGUUCCCUAAAACCCUAACCCUAACCCUAAUCGCUGGUUUUUUUCCUGGUAGAGAAUCACAUUAUCAUCAACAUGAGUAAGCCAAUGGAUGAGGAUACCCCUGGAGGCAAGAAUGAGGAAGAGGAAUUCAACACCGGGCCGCUCUCUGUUCUGAUGAUGAGUGUUAAGAAUAACACACAGGUGCUCAUUAACUGCCGGAACAACAAGAAGCUUCUAGGUCGUGUGAGGGCAUUUGAUCGUCACUGUAACAUGGUUCUUGAAAAUGUCAGGGAGAUGUGGACUGAGGUACCAAAGACUGGUAAAGGCAAGAAGAAAGCUCAACCUGUCAACAAAGAUAGGUUUAUCAGUAAGAUGUUUCUUCGGGGAGACUCUGUUAUCAUCGUUCUUAGGAACCCAAAGUGAGAGAUGUCGCAGUUCUCAUGAUCAUCUGAAGUUGAACAACUUAUUUUGAUGAUGUCGCAGUUUUCUGGAGGUUUACUUAACAAUGACAAUAUGGUCUUAGUAGGAGAAUUGUUCCUUGCUUAAGUUCUUUCUAAUACUAUUAAUGAUCUAUUUGUUUUGCUAGUAACUUGUUGAUCACAUGGGAAUUGCCGUUAUUAUUAUGAAUGUGUGACCAUGCUGAGGAUUUAUGUUAA